AUGGGCGAAGCCGCUUUAGCGACUUCAACUCAAGGAGAGUCUCUGGAGCAGCCCAUCAACUAUGGGCCUCCUCAGGAGGGUAUUUUCAAGCACAUCUCCAAGGUCAUUCCAUACUUCCGCAACGCUCGCAAUGUCCUCGUGUUCAAGCUGGAUGUCAUGCUACUGGCAUGGAUGUUUCUUGCAGGCAUCAUGAAGGAGAUGGACCAGUCAGCAACAACACAAGCCUACGUUUCGGGGAUGAGGGAGUCUUUGAGCCUGUACGGCAAUGAGUUGGUGGAAUUCAAUACGUUUUUCUCUAUCGGAUAUGCGCUUGGUCUGGUUCCCGGCCAGUUGAUUCAAACAAGAUUCCGACCGUCGAUGUUUCUCCCCUUCUGUGAGAUGAGUUGGGGUCUUCUGGUUCUCUUCACUUACAUGGCACCCAAUGCACAAACGAUCUUCGGCCUGCGAUUCUUCCUCGGACUCUUUUCGUCGGCAUUUUGGCCUUCUGUUGUCGCACUCAUUUUCAACUGGUAUACCCCUGCUGAGUUGGCCGUCCGCGUCGCUUGCUUCACGGUUUGCGAUGUCGCCGGAGCCAUGUUUUUGGGAGCACUUCAGGCCGCCCUAUACCGCAAUAUGAACGGCGUCCACGGCCUGGGCGGAUGGCAGUGGCUUUUCAUCAUUUCUGGUGCAGUCACCGUUGGCCAGGGUAUGAUUGCCUUCGUCACUGUUCCGGAUUCUCCUGCCAACACCCGCGCCCUCUACUUGACCGACAACGAGAAACGACUUGCGCGAGAGCGUAUGGGCAACUCGGGCGUCAACACAUCCAAGCGCAUCCCGCCCUCUGUUCUCAAGGCCAAGCUACGGAAGCUUAUCGUUCACCCCAUAACCUACUUUUACCUCUUCUCAUUUGCCUUCAGCGCCUGGGCUCACCGCGCCAACUCGUACUUCGUGCUCUACCUCGAAAGCAUUAAGGAUUCUGCGGGCAACCGCGUUUACGACACGUAUCAAGUCAACAUUCUGCCCAUCGGAGGCUACGCGCUGCAGAUUGUUACCAACGUUGGUCUCAACUGGCUCUCCGACAAGAAGCACUGGCGUUGGCAAAUCAGUGUCUUUUCUGCCGCAGCUCAUGGAAUAUGUCUCGCGGUAUUAUGCGGUUGGCCUUCAGAUCACAAAGUCAUCCUAGCUUUCUACUUCUUGACUUACGCAACAAAUGCUGGCAGCCCUUCGCUCAUGGCAUGGAUGGCCGAGAUUCUACGCAAGGAGCCCGAAGCCCGUUCCAUUAUUGUGGCAAUGACGGUCACCAUCGUUUACGUCGGCCACGCUACCAUUCCCCUAAGAGCAUUCCGAGUCGCCGAUGCCCCGAGAUAUCCGGUCGGUUUCCCGUUAACGACUUCUUUCACUGUCGCCACUAUCCUGGUACAGCUCGGUAUGCUGUGGUGGGACAGACGCCAUCCUGAAAUGGCUGAGUAUGGCUACGAGCCGGCCGUCAGCGGACAUGGAGCUUCAGAUGAGGAAAGUCCGAAGUUGGCAGAGGCAGAUACAGUUAUCGGCGGUGGCGAUGCCAAGUCAAAUCAGAUUGCUGGAUCUAGAGAGUUGUAA